CUCCAUUAAACAUCGAAUUGUAAUUCUCUUUAUCUCUAAUCAUGGGAAUAUUUCCUCAUCAACAGUUUCAAAUUGCACAUUAAACACCGUUAAAGCGUAUUUCAGAUAAUCCGGCGGACUCCAAAAAAAAACAAGAUAGAAGUUAUGCCCAAAUUACAGGUUAUAAAGUGGUUUUUGAUUGAUGAAAAAUAAAUGAUUAUUGUGAUGUAUAGUCGACUUGGAACCUUCUUAAAAGCUCGUUGGGUGUAGUAGUCGAUCAUUCCGAUAUCUUGAGUAUCCAGAACAUUAGGAAUGAAAUUGAGUGGAAAUGAACCAGCCAGAUCAAUACUCAAAAAACAACCGCUUUCAAUCAGGAGAGACAUCACGUCUGCUAGGAAAAUAUUUAGAUUCACAGGCUUUCAAAGAAGGGUCGUCAUUUUUUGAAAUAGGCACGGGCGAUGGAAGGUAUACUGUUGAAUUACUCCAAUCACAACUACCAAAAAAUGUUGAAAAAUAUGUGGCAAGUGAUUCUUCAGAAGAAAUGGUGGGAUUUGCGAAGCGGAUGUAUAGCAAAGAAGAUUACCCCGUUCUCGAUUUUCUUGCACUCGACAUUCAAACUGAGAACGUUCCCGAAGAGUUGAUCAAUAAUUUCGACUACGUUCUAUCUUUCAACUGUUUUCACUGGUUCACAAAUGCUAGGCAAGCCUUCGAUAAUAUUUUCAGGCUGUUGAAACCAGGAGGAGAAAUACUAGCUACAUUUUUUGAUGUGAAUCCAUUGGAUGAUAUCUUCAUGAAUUUAUCUAAACAUCCAAGAUGGGGUAAAUAUGGUCAUGAUAAAUAUGUAUCAAAUUUUUUUUUUGAUAAAAAUCCAGAAGAGAGUUGGGAAAAAACUUUCAAGGAAUCGGGAUUUUGGAAUAUUGAAAAAUUUAGUGAAACUAGAACGUAUACUUACUACGACGAUUUCGAAGAUUUUUUUCUAGCUCUCGAUCCCGUAUACGUGAAGAUUCCUGACAAUGAGAAAAACAUCUACUUGAAGGAUUUUUUUGAAGAAAUCAAGUCUGGAAAAGCAUUCUCUAUAAGUCACAAUGAUAAAACUAAUGAAACAGGAGUAAUGAUGAAAUAUAAGAUUUUGUUUUUCAAAGCAAGCAAACCAUUUGUUCAGAUGAUGUAGAUAAAAAUACCUAUCAUAUUUGUGAAACCUAUUUUGUCUCUUCAAUUUAUGGAAAGUUAGUUGAAACAUAUUCUGCGUUCCAUUCUUCAUUAUGAUGUGAUUGUUUGCUGACUGAAAUUUUAUUUUUUGAAUUGAUUCAAUAUAUGGAAGUAAACGUA